AUGUUCCCUAAUUAUUUUUGCCUCUUCCUUUCUCUCUUUCUUCUUCACUUAACAUCAAUCUCUUCACAUGUGUAUAUAGUGUAUUUAGGGCACACCCGUCUCGAGGAUGCAACUUUGACCUCCGAAUCUCAUCUUCGUUUGCUCUCUAAAGUAUUUUCAAGUCCAUGCAGUGAAGAAGAUGGUAAACGAGCCAUGUUGUAUAGCUACAAACGUAGCUUUUCUGGGUUCUCCGCGAAGCUUAAUGCAAGCCAAGCAAUGACGUUAUCGAAGAUGGAAGGAGUGAUAUCCAUAUUCAAGAGUAAAACUAUGGAGCUCCACACAACAAGAAGUUGGGACUUCUUGGGGCUUCCCAUUCCUUCGUAUAGCGGUAGUAGGACGUUUGAUACACCACGUUCGAGUAAGCUGGCCGAUGGCGACGACGUUGUUGUUGGCAUCUUCGAUUCAGGCAUAUGGCCUGAAUCGGAAAGUUUCGAGGAUGAUCGGUGGAUGUCCCCGGUUCCAUGCAGCUGGAAGGGCAAAUGCGUGAAAGCGUAUAGAUUCAACCCUUCAUUAGCUUGCAAUCGCAAGCUAAUUGGCGCUCGUUACUAUCUCAAAGGUUUCGAGGCCGAAUACGGAGGACUCAACACAAGCGGGAACCCUGAGUUUGAAUCGCCUCGAGACUUUUUGGGGCACGGAACUCAUACAGCUUCAACGGCCGUGGGUGGAAUUGUAGAGGACGUGAGCUUCACGGGGUCGUCACUCGGCAAAGGCAUUGCUCGAGGAGGAGCGCCAAGAGCUAGGCUGGCUGUGUACAAGGUGUGCUGGGGAAAGGACUACGAAGGGAAGUGCACGGACGCAGACGUGAUGGCUGCGUUUGACGACGCUUUAUGCGACGGAGUCGACGUUAUCUCGGCGUCGUUCGGAGGGUCGCCGCCGUUGGCUCCAUUUUUUGAGUCUAGUAGUGCGAUUGGGUCGUUCCAUGGCAUGCAGAAGGGAGUGAGUGUUGUGUUCUCAGCUGGUAACGAUGGACCUUAUCGUUCACUCGUUCAAAAUGUGUCUCCGUGGAGCAUUUGUGUUGCUGCUUCAACUAUGGAUCGAACCUUUCCCACUCAAAUACUCAUCCAAAACAGGAUCUCUAUUAUGGGUGAGAGCUUGAUCACUACAAACAUAAUUAACGCAAAACUAGCGAAUGCGAUCAACUAUUUUAUAGACGGAGUUUGCGAGCGGCGAAGUAUAAGGAAAGGUAGGAAAUCGGGGGCAGGGAAAGUGGUGGUUUGUUUCUCCACGGUAGGCCCAGUUUCGAUGGGGGAUGCACAAGAAGCUCUGGACGCCAUCAAUGCCUCGGCUUUGAUAUUUGGUGCCCCGCCCACGCUGCAGCUCCCUGACCUUGAUCUCCUCCCCACCGUUCGAAUUGACAUUACUCACGCAACUCAAAUUAGAAACUUUCUUGCUGAACUGCCCAGGCUGCCAGUAGUAGAGAUCAGGGCUGCAAGAAGCGUGAUUGGGAAGUCGGUGGCUCCGAGUGUGGCAUACUUCUCGUCUAGAGGACCGAGCUCACUUUCGCCUGACAUUCUUAAGCCAGACAUAAGUGCCCCAGGAGUGAACAUAUUGGCGGCAUGGCCUCCAGAAACUGCUCCAACAGUGCGGCCAACAUCGACAGAAGGAGAAAGCCAAAGGCAAGUCAAAUGGAAUUUCCAAUCAGGGACUUCAAUGUCAUGCCCUCACAUCUCUGGAGUCGUUGCCCUCAUCAAAUCUCUGCAUCCAAGCUGGUCUCCUGCAGCCAUUAGAUCUGCCCUCAUCACCACAGCCACCAAGAGAGACUCCACUCGCAACACCAUCCUAGCAGGUGGAUCCACGAAACCAUCCGAUCCAUUCGACAUUGGAGGUGGCCAAGUGAACCCAUUGAAGGCAGUAAAUCCAGGACUAGUGUACGACAUGACAGCCAAUGAUUACAUUAUUUUUCUCUGCAAUAUUGGGUACACAGAGCAGCAAAUCAGGAUGAUUGUGAACCCUUCUCCACAAACACUUGUUUGUUGUCCACCAUUUCUAUCCACCUCCAUUGCCAAUCUCAAUUACCCUUCCAUUACACUUGCAAACCUCAAAUCCACAACCACAAUCAAAAGGACUGUUCGUAAUGUAGCAGAAAACAAAAAUGCCAUCUACUUUCUUAAGCUGAAUCCUCCCAAUGGAGUGCAAGUAUUGGUAUGGCCUCGGAUUCUUCUUUUCUCUUGGUUUAGGCAGCACGUUUCUUACUACAUCACCAUAACCCCGCUCAAGAAAGCUCGUGGGAGGUAUGAUUUUGGGGAGAUUGAAUGGUCAGAUGGGUUCCAUAGGGUCACAAGUCCUCUGGUUGUUCGUGUUAGCAGCGCUAGCUAGUGUGCGACCGAAUCACUGUUCCUUAACACAGCCAGUCUCCGCUACAUAACAAUGUUUAUUUUAUACAUCCUCUGUAAUAAUUGCAACUGCCUUAGUAGUUUGGUAACUAUGAAGUUGGGAAAGGCUAUCCUUCCGGUGUAAUAGCCAUGUAUCAAUAUCAAGAAUAAAAGGGAAGCAGGACAAAU